AAAAAUCUAUCCAAUAGAUGUAGAAUUGACAAAUGAUGCAUCUGAUAAUUUGGAAGAUGAGUUAAUAAAAUAAACUGAAAUUUACAAAUUCAUUAAAAAUAUAAAAUGGGUACUUGCUAAAAUAUUUGUAAACAAGAAGACAAUGAAAGGGAAAGUACAAUGAUGACCAAAUCUAAAAUAAACAAAGGAUAAGAAUCUGAAAGAGAAUUUAAAACAGAUCCUUAUUAAUCUUAAUAAUUAUUAAUCAGGGAUGAUUCAAUUGCAGAAGAAAAUAAUUCUUAUUUAUCAUAAUAAUAGCCAUGCUUUAUUAAAAAAAAAUAAGUAGCAAGUAUGUAAACACACACAGACAGAAAAAAUCGUUUUGAAAACGAUAUUAAGCUUGAAAUUAGAUAUAAUAUAUAAUAGAUGUAAGAAUAAAAAAUAUGUUAAGUAAAUUGUAAGAAGAGGAGGAGCUUAGAAAAUUACAAAUUUAAUAUGAAUAAGAGUUGAAACUAAAAGAAGAGGAAGGGAAAAGAUCAAUAGAUGAUCAUAAGUAAGAACUUGAUAAUUAAUUUUCAUUCUAAAAUUCGAUGAAAUAAUCUUAAUCAGAAUAACAUAACAACUAAUAAACUUCUAAUCCUUAUUUACCUAGAUAGACAUCAUAAUUUGCACCUAAAAAAGCAGAUGCAGAUACAGUUUCUUAGAAAUCAUAAAUUUCUAAAACUCCUACAUAGAAGGAUUAAUAGGUGUUAACUAAGUCUGAGAUAAUGAAGAAGUCUGCAAUGAAGAAAGUUAUUUAAUAAAGAGAGGAAUUGGAAAGUAUUAAUGCAAGUUAUGGUACAUAAAAAUCUGUUUAUUCAAAAUAAAUAAAAUAAUUAGAAGCAUUUGAAAAGAUGUUUAGUGAAUAUUGUUCAUAAGAUGAAAGAAGUUAAAGUGGAAGUCAUAAAACAUAAAAAAGUGUGAAAAGUAUAUUAAAAAAGAAUAGAUCUCUUUCAUAAAGAAGUAUAUCUUUAGGUAAAAAUUCAAUAAAAUCAACUCAUACAGUGUUUAAAAAUAGAAAUUAAAAGAAGGUGAGAUUUUCAAAAGAUACUAAUUUUAAUAAUGAGAGAAGAGGAGUAGUUAGAAUAAGAAAAAGUUGGUGGGAUUGGUGA